UAAACCUUUAUCUGAUGUCGUAAAAGUACAUGCUUAUUUGUAUUAUAAACUUCAUAACGAAGUAGUGUGGGUAACCGCACGAAAUAAAGUUUUAGUUUUAAUUGUUACGAUGAGUUCUUAGAAUUAGUUUUCAGAAUACGAAUUUUUUUAAUAUUCUGAAAUCAUAUAAUAAGUUAAGGUAAUAGUUUUUUACCGAACAAUUGGAGGUUACUUAGACAAGUUAAUGUGGAAUAUUACUCAGUAUGCUUAUCUACCGACACAGACGAAUGAUACUACGAGUAUGCACGCUUGUAGCAAUACUGGUUGUAACAGUUAGCAUGAUGCUAGUUAUUUUCAACAACACCAACACUUAUUUACUUAAAAAAUUUAACUCCCUAUGUACAGCAGAACUCAUUGGAACUUCAACUCCAACUACAACAAAGGCCUCUAAAAAGACUCCUAUUUAUUGUUAUCGAGAAAACGGAGAAUCUCUACCUGAUAUCUCAGACUUUAAACCAAGACCAGGAAAAUCUAUAUUCUUCCAUGAAACAUCAUGCCACUCAUUUGACCACGGCAAAAUAGUCAUUAAUUCACGACAAGCCUGUGCUGUGGAAAGCGCAGCCAAAAUGAAUCCAGAUCUGGAUGUAUAUUUACUGUAUGCUUCGCCAGGGAUAUUUAGAUUUGAAGGAAAUGAAUCAGAUCAUUUUUUAAGAAGUUUAUUAAGUUAUAAAAAUAUUCAUAUCCUACAUUUGAAUUACGGAAACUACGUUAAAGGUACGCCAGUGGAGACAUUGUGGACUUCCGGAAAGAUUGAGAAAUCUUCAUUUGUUGUGUCACAUGCAAGUGACGUAUUGAGGUAUCUAACACUCUGGAAAUAUGGUGGCAUUUAUUUAGAUUUGGAUGUGGUAGUGUUAAAAUCCUUACAGAAUCUACCAUUGAAUUAUGCAGGUCUACAGACUGAGGAACAAGUAGCAGCAGGGGUUAUUAGCUUUGAGGCGGAUGGUUUCGGACAUAGUUUGGCUGAUAAGUGCGUGAAUAGAUUAAAAAAAAACUUCAAUGGUCAAAUAUGGGGAAGAAAUGGACCAUAUAUAGUUUCUGCAGUAAUGAAGGAAAACUGCAAUGUAAAAGUAGCAUCCCAACUGCUAACGAAAAAUUGUCCUGGACUUAAAAUGUAUCCAAUCGAGACAUUUUACCCCAUACCUUACUGGCAAUGGCAGAAAUAUUUUAGGGAAGGGAAUUUUUUUGAAGUCAUGAACAAAACCAAAAAUACUUACGUAUUGCAUACGUGGAAUAAGAUGAGUGAAGCCGAAAAAAUACCUCUUAAUAAAAACCCACCCUAUUUACAUUUUGCUAAAUUGUAUUGUCCGAAGGUUGUUGAGGCUUGCAACAGAUAUUUUUAAUAAUAAAUAAUCAUUUCGUUGUGAAUCGAAACAAGAGCCGUCUUACUUUAGUUAGUUCAGAAAGCAUACAGGGUGUUUCAUUAAUAAUUGUCCAUAUAGUAACUGGAGAAACCUUAGCACAAAAUACGAGGAUUUACGCUGUGUCUAGGUACACGCUAACGUGUACGCAAAUAAAAAAGUUAGGUACACGCGAAUUAAACUUCAUCAAGCCAGUGACGUCAUUAUUUAGCGUGCGCAGUGACUUUAUAUUUUGGUACACGCUAUUUUGAUAUGUUUAGGCGCGGUACUUUAUGUCUCGAUUAACAGCCGGUUAUCUAACUGGGGUUUAAUCGGGACCACUUUAGGGUCUCUUGCGUUGUAAUAAAGGCAAUUACAAGUAUUAUUAAAUAUAAUUAUAAAUAAGGAUAAUAAUAAUUAAAAUUGCAUUUAUUACAACGCAAGAGACCCUAAAGAGGUCCCGGUUAACUAACCGGCUGUUAAUCGAGACAUAAAGUACCGGGCCUUAGUGUUUUUUGUUUGAUAGAAAAUAUUUUUAUUAAGGGAAGGGGAAGGGAAGCAGAACUAUUUAAUUCAGAUGUUUCAAACUUAAUUGUAAUAAAACAACUGUAUAUAAAAGUAUAUAUUCAGGUUAGCAAAAUAAAUAUUAGUUAACAUGAUAUUAUAAAUACAAAAUACUGCUAAAGUAUUAUUUAUACGUAAGUUAAUUAUACCAGUUUAUAUUGGUGUUUAUUUUUGCUGUGGUGUUUAUUUUUAUUUAUACAGGGAGUUGAAGUUGUUACGAUUUUCAUAGAAAAUUGGUUAUAACUUUGUAAAUACCCUGUAUAACAUAAUAAACCUUUAUAUUUUUGUGAUAUGGAAGUUAAGAAGAUUUCGAACAUAAAAUAAAAUAUAUGAUGUUUCAUUUCCAUUUAAAAAACAUAAGUUUGGCCUGCCACUAUAUUAUCGAACGCCCUGUAACAUUCUAACAUUCUAAUUUUAGUAAUUUUGUAAUAUGAAGCUCAAAGUUUGCUAAAAUUUUUGUUACUAACUUUUAUUGCUAUCUAUUACUAUAGCGGAUCUACUGAGCUUUAUCACGCUAAUCAAUCACCCCGUAUAUUUUGUCUUAUUACUUCUGCUACCCUUAAUCUCGAAUUUUUGUCUCUUAUCUUUUUCAUACUGUUUUAGAAUGCUGUUAAACUCAUUAAAAGAACUAAAUAAUUGUCCACACUCCAUACUUAAUUUAAAAAAAAAAACACUAAACAAUUAAAAAUAAGGAAACUCUUUACAAAUCAAUAUAUUAUACUGUAAACAUAACGCGAUUAGACAAAUUCUAACCAAACUCUGACAUUCGCGAUACUUACAUAUUACAGAUACUUAAUACCACAGCAUACACGUAGCUCAAAUUAGCGUGUAUGAAAAAAAAAACAUACCAAAAACCCAGUCAUAGUACACGCUAAAUAAUGACGUCACUGACUUGAUGACGUUUAAGCGUGUACCUAACUUUUUUAUUUGCGUACACGUUAGCGUGUACCUAGACAAUGCCUAGACACAGCGGAGGAUUUAACCUAAAACGCUUAAAUAAAAUGUGGUUCCUUACUGAGUUACAGGGUGUUUUAUCUAAAAAUUUAAAAACUAUUUUUGCUCAGCAUUUUUAAACUAUUCGACGUAUCCUUUUCAUACUUGGCAGAAAGUGCGACUACUAUAAACCCUACUAAAUUAUGAUAAACAAACGUUUAUAGCUACUACCAGAGGCGUACGGCAGGGGAUAGUGAAUGAUUGACUCUUCUCAAAUUCUACGCCACUAGAGGAAUUACUAUUUUAUUGCCAUUUUUAGAUUCUCCAAUACUUUCAACGUACAUAAUAUACUCUUCAUUCGUAACGAUCAAGUCAUUAGUUUUCGAGAUAUUUGAAGUUAAAUAUGAAACGGCCCAGUUAUUUUGAUUAAUUUACGAUAUGAUUCAUAUGAUUAAAAUUUUUAAAAUUGUUUGUACCCAGUACUUUAAAACCAUUUGGCGUAUCCUUAUCAUCCUUGGCAGAAAGUGUAGGUACUGUACACCCUACUAAAUUAAGAUAAACAAACGUUUCUAGCUACUUCCAGAGGCGUACGACAGGGGAUAGUGGCUGGUUGACCCUUCCCAAAUUCUACGCCACUGACGAAAUUGCUAUUUUAGUGUAAUUUUUUGAUUUUCCAAUACUUUUUAUAUAAAUAAUAUACUCUUCAUUCGUAACGAUAAAAUGAUUAGUUUUCCAGAUAUUUGAAAUUAAAAAUGAAGCGACAAUACAUUAAUCAAAAUAACCGUGUCGUUUCAUUUUUAACUUCAAAUAUCUCAAAAAUUAAUGACUUUAUCGUUACGAAUAAAGGGUAUAAUAUUUUCAUAGAAAGUAUUGAAGAAUCCAAAAAUUGAACUAAAAUAGCAAUUUCGCCAGUGGCGUAGAAUUUGGAAAGGGUCAACCAUUCACUUUUCCCCGUCGUACGCCUCUGGUAAUAGCCAGAAACGUUUGUUUAACAUAAUUUAGUAGUUUGUACAAUACCUAUACUUCCUGCCAAGUAUGAAAAGGAUACGUUGAAUAGUUUUAAAAUCUGAGCAAAAAUAAUUUUUAAAUUUUUAGAUAAAACACCCUGUAACUCAGUAAGGAACCACAUUUUUUUUAAGUGUUUUAGGUUAAAUCUUCGUAUGUUGUGCUAAGGUUUCUCCAGUUAUUAUAUGGACAAUUAUUAAUGAAACACCCUGUAUAUUAAUUAUUCUGAAUAAAUAUUUAUAUGGGAAAUAAGCCACAAUUAAAUUAAAAAAAAUAAUUUUAUUAAAGUUUCGACGCCCAAAUCGGGUGUCGUUGUCAAAAUACAAAAUACUACUAAAUUAAACAAAACUGUUGUUGCUAAGUAAAAUAUUCUUCUAAUAAUUUAUUUAAUCAUCAUCAUCAUUCUCUUUGCCUUAUCCCUAUGCGGGGUCGGCUUCCCUAAUUGCAUUUCUCCACACAAUUCUAUCUUGGGUCAUAUCAAUGUUAAUCCCCUUUACCAACAUGUCCUGCCUUAUCGUCUCCCCCCAGGUCUUCUUUGGUCUUCCUCUCCUACUCCUUCCAGGAAUCUGCACUUCAGCUAUUCUUCGUAUUGGGUGAUUAACAUCUCGACGUUGAACAUGACCAAACCAUCUUAACCUAUGCUCUCUCAUUUUGGCAUCAAUUGGUGCCACACCUAGACUUCCCCUGAUAUACUCAUUUCUAAUUUUAUCCUUCUUUGUCACUCCACUCAUCCAUCUAAGCAUUCUCAUUUCCGCCACAUGCAUUCGUUGUUCCUCUUUCUUUUUCACUGCCCAACAUUCAGUUCCGUGCAUCAUAGCCGGUCUUAUGGCUGUUUUAUAGAAUUUUCCCUUCAACUUCAUUGGAAUUUUUCUGUCACACAACACACCACUCGCUUCUUUCCACUUCAUCCAUCCAGCCCUAAUUCUACUGCAUGCAUCUCCAUCUAUUUCUCCAUUACUCUGUAAUACCGAUCCUAGGUACUUAAAACUAUUGCUUUUCACAAUCAUUUCACAAUCCAAAGAUACCAUUUUAUUUGUAGUAACUCCAUCUUUAAAUGAACAUUCCAAAUACUCUGUUUUUGUCCUACUAAGUUUUAAACCUUUUUCCUCCAGAGCUUGUCUCCACUGUUCCAGUUUUUCUUCUAAGUCAAUUUCACUAUUUCCUAUUAACACUACAUCAUCAGCAUACAUUAGGCACCAUGGAAUACUACCCUGUAGUUUCGAUGUUAUCUGGUCCAAAACUAAUGAGAAUAAAUAAGGACUAAGCACCGAGCCUUGGUGCAAUCCUACUUUCACCUGAAAUUUAUCAGUAUCUCCCACACCUGUCCUAACACUAGUCGUUACUCCCUCAUACAUAUCUCUCACAAUCUUUACAUAUUCGCCAGGGAUUCCUUUCUUAUUGAGAGCCCACCACAGAAUCUCUCGAGGAACUCUAUCAUAUGCUUUCUCAAGAUCAAUGAAUACCAUAUGAGCGUUGGUCUCUUUAUUCCUGUAUUUUUCCAUCAGCUGCCUUACAAUGAAAAUUGCAUCUGUUGUUGAUCUGCCCUGCAUAAAGCCAAAUUGAUUCUCGGAUAUUUCGGUUUCUUCACGUAUUCGUCUAUCAAUUACUCUCUCCCAUAUUUUCAUGGUGUGGCUAAGUAGUUUUAUAGCCCUGUAGUUUGUGCAUUGUUGUAUGUCUCCCUUGUUUUUGUAGACAGGUACUAAUAUACUGCUUCUCCAUUCGUCUGGCAUUUGUCCAACUUCCAUAAUUCUGUUAAAUAGACCUGCUAGCCAACUUAUUCCUAUCUCUCCCAAUGCUCUCCAUACUUCCCCAGGAAUAUCAUCUGGUCCUACUGCUUUUCCUUUCUUUAUUUUUUGAAGCGCUUGAGCCACUUCCUUGUUUGUUAUUCUGGUAACCAUUGCUGUUACUGUCUCCGUUAACUCGACAGGCUGUCUGUCAAAUUCUUCAUUUAAUAAACUGUCAAAAUACUUUCUCCAUCUCUUUUUGACAUCCUUUUCGUGAAUUAGUAUUUUAUUAUUUUCAUCUCGGAUAGAUCUAAUCUGAUUAAAAUCUCUUGCUUUCUUUGCUCUCUGUUUGGCUAUUUUAUAUAUCUUUGCUUCGCCUUCCCUGGUAUCAAGUUGAUCGUAUAGGUUUGAAUACGCUUCUGCUUUAGCUUUUGCUACUGCUACUUUCGCUUCCUUUUUGGCGACCAUAUAGAUUUGAAGAUCUAUAUCCGAUCUGAUUUCUUGCCAAUUUUUAUAUAAUUUUCCCUUCUCUUUUAUGUUUCCUUGUACUUCAUUUGACCACCACCAAGUCUCUUUAUCCUCAAACUUCUUUCCUGACGUUUUCCAAAGUAUUUCAAUGGCCGUCUCUCUAAUAAUAUUGGCCAUUUUUCUCCAAAUUGUGUUAGGGCUUCCUUUCGUGUUCCAACAUAUUUUUUCUACUAUUCUUUUCCUGAAUAGACCUUCCUUCUCAUCUUUUAGCAUCCACCACUUGAUUUUUUGUGGUCCUCUCCGAUAUUUUUGUCAUUUAUUUACGCUGAUGAUACAGCUGUGGCAGCUCAGGGAAGAACCUUCAAUGAAGUCGAAGUGAAACUGACAGAUGACCUGGGAGACUUAGCUCUAUACUACGAUAAAAACCACCUGAAACCCAAUCCCACAAAAACCCAGGUAUGUGCUUUCCACCUAAGAAACAAGCAUGCCCGAAGGCCGCUGGAGGUGUAAUAGCGUGGUCAGAUGCUGGAACACAACGAGACGCUAAAAUACCUUGGCGUCCAUCUAGAUAUAACUCUGUCUUACCGAUACCACUGUCAAGAUGUCAAGAAGAAAGUAAGUGCCAGAAAUAAUAUCAUCCGCAAGCUAUCUAAUACAAAAUGGGGAGCACAACUACACACACUCCGCACUUCUGCCUUAGCAUUAUGUUUUUCGGCCGCGGAGUUUACAGCACCAGUAUAGGGCGGAGUUUACAGCACCAGUAUAGGCAAACUCUGCUCACACAAACAACGUCGAAGUGGCUCUAAAUGAAACGGUUCGUAUAAUAUCGGGUUGCCUGAAACCGACACCUAUCGAAGAGGUAUACCCCAUAGCUGCGAUUGCUCCACCACCUAUCAGGAGGAAGGCCACGUCAGAGGUAGAACGAAAAAAACAGGAGACGGACCGAAGACACCCCUUAUAUGAACACCAAACUCAGCCAAGCAGACUAAGAUCUCGGAAAAGCUUCCUGAAAUCAUCAAGAUCCAUCCCCGAAGCGCCAGAGAUGCGCCGAAUACACAAUGGCAAGUGUCAGCUACCGCGACACAUUUUCCUCCCUCAGAGGAAAUGGCUGCUGGACACAAUUUACCGUAUCCGACUUGGAAAGCGCUAAAUAGACUAAGAACCGGCGUUUCACGUUGUGCUAGUAACCUGAAAAAGUGGGGAUACCAGGAGGACGAUACCUGCGACUGUGGCGCGGUUCAGACCAGCCGGCAUCUACUAUCAUGCACAGAGACAGUGUUCUCAGACCUCCUGAAAUUUCAGGAGACCUACUGAUGGCGACCCUCGCCUACUGAUCUACUGAUGGCGUCCUUAAACCUCCUGAUGAAGUGAUAAAAUUCUGAAAAUCAUCUGGUUUUGUUCCAACUCGAUACAAAACCGUUCUUGAAUGAUUACGAGGAUGCGCAGUAACGAAAAAUGUGUUACUGCGCAGCAUUAUUCGUCAUUGCGCAUGCGCGUAACGAUUCAAGAACGGUUUUGUAUGGAGUUUGAAUUUUUCAGAAUUUUAUCCUAUUUCAUUUUUUUUUAUUUUUAUGCUUUAGCCGCCAUCUAGCGUUGCCACAGCCGUCCCUUACAGAUUUUAUAGAGUUGCAUGCCUACCUAUAAACGUAAAAAUACUCCACCAACUGAUUCUACUGAUUUUUCGUGGCGACAUCUAGUUGCCUAUCUAUAAACGUAAAGACUGAAACUACAGAAUUCUACCAAUUUUUGAGGCGAGCGAGUCUCCUGAAAUCUCCUGAUCGUUCGUGGCGACACCUCCUGAUCCUCAAAAAAGUCAUCUGGGAACACUGCACAGAGAUGAGAGAGACCUGCACAGAAGAAGACUUAAUUAUAGCAAAUGACAGGGCCAUCUAUGUUGCCAACCAUUGGAAAUACAGAAUUUAAAGUUGUUGGUGUUCCGGACACGGAAAGUAAGUACUUAAAUAAAAUUGUUCGCAUUCACAAGGUAUUUUAUAAAUGCAAUUAUUUGUUCUUUCUUGUUCAUUGUUAGGUAUAGUUUUAGAUAGAAUAGAUCUCAAUUUGUUUGUUGUUUUGAAUGUUGUUGAAAUGUUGAAUUUAUUUCCUAUUGUUUUAAGUUUCUCGGAUAGUCCUUUUAUACAUAUAUGGUAUUGAUAUUUUCCUCGUAUUAUUUCUUGUGAAUGUUGUAGGAUCCCGUUUUAAGUUCUAUUCCAUUCGAUCCAAUCUUGACAAUUCCUUAUUUAUAAACGAUAAAGGAUAACCAUUUUUUAAUAAAACAGAUGUUAACAAUUAUUGUUUUUCUUCUAAAAAUGAAUUUUCGUUAGAACAAGUAAUUUUGGCUCUAUCUAAUUAUUUAAUGAUUUCCUUUUUAACGUUGAUGAGUCAAAAUUAACUCAUUUAAUAUUAAUAAGUCAGAUUAAAUAAAUUAUUAGAAGAAUUUUUUACUAAGCAACAACAUUUUUGUUUAAUUUAGUAGUAUUUUGUAUUUUGACAACGACACCCGAUUUGGGUUUCGAAACGUUAAUAAAAUCAUUUUUUUGGUAAAAUUGUGGCUUAUUUCCCAUCUAAAUAGUUAAUCAUAAAAAUGCCACAAAGAAAUAGCUUCAGAAAAAUAUUGUAUUCUCUCUGAACAACUAAAAUUCAGGCCGCCAGCCUCGGUCCACAGUUUUAGUUGUUCAGAGAGAAUCAAAUAUGCGCUCUCUGAGGAAACCCUAAUAAAGGUAGAAACUAGUUAGAGUAAUUUUGUCGCUCUCUGAACUAACUAAAGUAAGACGGCUUUUGUUUCGAUUCACAACGAAAUGAUUAUUUAUUAUUUUUAUUAGUUCUACUCCUAUUCUGACUACUGGGAACUAAUCUUUGUUGGAAUUUACCGUGCUGGAUAGGCGGGUAGUGAGAUGCAACCUGAUAGAUCUCCCUCGGCCUUCUUAGCUCCGGCAAAUCGUAAAUAUCGGCAAUCGGCAAUCUUUCGUAAUAAAGUUUUAUUUUCAUUAUAUAUUGAAAGUAAAACUUUCGUUCGUAUAUAUUUUUAAAUUGUGUUAAUAUGCUGGUGUAUAAAGUUUUCCCGAGAUUUUAUCAUAUGCGAAUCUGGAUGAGACACGAUCUUGGUGAUUUAAUGUGUUAUUUCUAAUUUAGUUAUUUAUUUAUUUACUGUCUUGAUAAUGAUGAUAAACAUUUAAUUCCAAUGUCUCGCACUCAUUUUUUAGGAAGUCAAUAUUUACUUUUUUACUAAACACCAACCGAAACUAGUAUCAGCUCUUCUGGCUAGACAGAACACUGAAGAUUAGACUUCGAGAUCAUAAAUAAGCAUAUCCACUUGUGACAGGCGCAGUAUCGGCGAGAAGUCACAAUUAUCUCUGAGAGUUCCCUCAGACAGUCUGAGUCAGACUCAUUCAUUAUACAUAUUUGUGAGUACAGUCUCGCGACAGUUUAGUUUGUCUCAAAUGGACACUUAGCAUCCUCGUUUUCCUUUGUUAGAAUCACGUCACAACGGCAUGUUUAAGCUAUGUAUUUGCUUUCAGUUGUAUACUUUGUGCUCAUGACUUUUAUUUAGAAUAUUUCUUACUAUGACGUAUAGCAAAUCUUUCGAUAUAAUUCUUAUGUCAAGUAACCCAUAGCCAAGGCCCCCCUGGUCUUUCGGGUGCUUUAAGCUACAUAUUGUUAUCCAAAGUGUACAAAAUGUAAUGUGCAAAAUCUUCACGUCUCCCCCCCCCCUCUGAAAAUUUUUAUAUGGGCGCCCAUGGUUGUUAUUGAUGUUUUCUGAGAGUCUGAAUGGUCUGGAUGACGAUAAAUUGCAAUUUAUUCAGUCUAUGUACCAGAAUGGGUAGAUGGGACAAAGAGGCUGUGGAACUUCAUCAAAAGAACUGAACUAGAUGAAGAGAUUUAACAAUAAGGGGAACUGCAAUUAGGUAAUAGAUCUGUAAAAGUUGUAUAUAUCGUAAUAAAAAAUACAGUUUUAAA